UCAAUGAAGUGGCAGUCCAAACACUUCCGGGUGUGUUGUGUUCCGGUGUCCGUAAAAGCAGAAAGGAAAACGGUCGAGCCGAUGUUUGGGCACGAUGAGCGACGAGCACUACUUGGAGCUUUGUGACAAUCUCGUGCAAUUUGAAAACGCUUCGAGCGUCAACAAUGUUUUCUUCGACGAAGCCAACAAACAGGUGUUCGCGGUGCGUUCAGGGGGCGCCACGGGGGUGGUCGUCAAAGGUCCGGACGACAAGAGUUCUGUUGCCUUCAGAAUGGAGGACAAAGGAGAAGUCAAGUGCAUCAAGUUCUCCAUUGGGAACAAAAUUCUGGCCGUGCAGAGAACGUCCAAGUCUGUGGACUUCAUCAACUUCAUUCCCGACUACCCGCACACGGAGUUCACGCACGAGUGCAAGAUGAAGAACGCCAACCUGCUGGGCUUCUGCUGGACCAACUGGAACGAGAUCGUCUUUGUCAGCGACCUGGGCAUCGAGCUCUACCAGGUAUACCGCCGCGCUCGCGGGCCUUUUGGGGGCCAGGCUCCGCCCACACGUGCGUGUUACGUUCAGGUUUUUCCGGACAAACGCGGCGUCAAACUGCUCAAGAGUCACAGCCUCAACGUCAACUGGUACCAGUACUGCCCCGAGACGGCCGUCGUGCUGCUGUCCACCACCGUGCAGGCCAACGUCCUGCAGCCCUUCGCCUUCCGGAGCGGGAGCGUGUCCAAGAUGUCCAAGUUUGAGAUCGAGCUGCCCGUUGUCCCAAAACCAGCCAAACUCAGCCUGUCGGAGAGAGACGUCGCCAUGGCGACCAUUUACGGUCAGUUGUAUGUGAUGUACCUGAAGCAUCACUCCAGGAGUGCCAACAGCGGCAGUGCUGAGGUGGUGCUCUACCAUUUACCAAGGGAGGGUGUUUGUAAGAAGACGCACGUGUUGAAAUUGAACACAACAGGAAAGUUUGCGCUUAACAUCGUUGACAACCUGGUGGUGGUCCAUCAUCAGAGCUCUCAGACGUCGUUGAUGUUCGACAUCAAGUUGAAGGAGUCGGACAGCGCCAUCAGCACGCAUCAGCCUGUACUUCCUGCUCGUUCCAUCCAGCCGUGUCGCAUUCCACUCUCAGGUCCAGCAGUGGUCCCAUCACAACUUCCUGUCCCGUGUCAGCUGUGUAUCCUUCCCUUGCGCCUGCGUGUGCGUGCGUGGGUGCGUGCGUGCGUGUUUGUUGUCCGACUUGACCUUUCUGUAGACUCGUCUUCAUGGAGCGUCUUCCAACCUGACAUCAUCAUUAGCGCCAGCGAAGGGUACUUGUGGUAUCUUCGCGUCAAGUUAAGCCCGACCGUCAAGCUGCUGCACGACAAAAGCAAACUGAUGGACUUCCUGUUACGCCGCAGCGACUGCAAGAUGGUCAUCCUGUCCGUCUGCUCACAGCUGGUGGAAGGCAAGCAGAGAGGAAGUCUGCCCGUGGUGGCGAGCGUCUUCGACAAACUCAAUCAGGUGUACAAAGACUUCCUGGAGGCGGAGCAAAGCUACAGCGCGGCCGUGGAGGCGGGUCCCACGCGAGGCGGCGGCGCUCACAAGCGACCGAUCAGAAGCCAGGCGGUGAUCGACCAGUCGGACAUGUACACGCACGUCUUGUCGGCGUUCACAGAGAGGAAGGGCGCCUCCCACAAGUUGACCAUCGCCGUGUUGAUGGAGUACAUUCGCUCGCUCAACCACUUCCAGAUCAGCGUGCAGCAUUACUUGUACGAGCUGGUGAUCAAGACGCUGGUGCAGCACAACCUCUUCUACAUGUUACAUCAGUUCCUGCAGUACCACGUCCUCACAGACUCCAAACCGCUCGCGUGUUUGCUUCUGUCCCUGGAGAGCACGUACCCCCCCGCCCACCAGCUGUCCCUCGACAUGUUGAAGCGUCUGUCGACAGCCAAUGACGAGAUUGUGGAGGUUCUGCUGUCCAAGCAGCAGGUUUUGGGCGCGCUCCGAUUCAUCCGCAGCGUCGGCGCCCACGACAACAUGUCCGCCAGGAAGUUUCUGGACGCGGCUCGUCAGACGGGAGACGACAUGUUGUUCUUCACAGUCUUCAGGUCCUUCCAGCAGAGGAACCAACGCCUGAGGGGGAACCCGGCGUUUAACCCCGGCGAGCACUGCGAAGAUCACGUGCUUCACUUCACGCGCGUGUUUGGCGAGCAGGCGCUGAUGAAAGCGGCCACCGCCUGACCGCCAUCGCCAUGACAUCCGCCCAUGUUUUCAUGCGCACGCACACACACACUCUCUUGUUUUGCUGCUUAACAGGAAAUAAAGCAUCAUUUUAAACAA